CAGAAAAACCAUCGAAGUUGCAGAAGGAAGUUAGUUUGGAGAGUCCUCCGAGGUUUUGCAUUACAAACAGGGAAACGGUUGUGGUGGGGUUUCUUGCAGCUUGGCCAUUGAGAAAUAAUUGUGACCUUUGUAGCAAUUUAAAAAAAAAAAAAGAAAGAGUCAUUUUGAGCAGUUUAUUUGAAGGCAGCGGCGAGGGAAACAAGAUUAACUCCGUCGGUUCCGAGCUGCAUCGCGAAUAUCUACCGAAAAGGAAGGACAUGAGCAACAAAGAGGACGAAUAUGACUAUCUGUUUAAAAUUGUGCUGAUUGGAGACUCGGGCGUGGGGAAGACUAACCUCCUCUCCCGCUUCACCCGCAAUGAGUUCAACCUGGAGAGCAAGAGCACCAUCGGGGUGGAGUUCGCUACCCGCAGCAUCAACGUGGAGGGCAAGACCGUGAAGGCACAGAUCUGGGACACGGCCGGGCAGGAGCGCUACCGAGCCAUCACGUCUGCGUAUUACCGCGGGGCAGUGGGCGCGCUGCUGGUCUACGACAUCGCCAAGCACCUGACCUACGAGAACGGAGAGCGCUGGCUGAAGGAGCUGCGGGACCACGCUGACAGCAACAUCGUCAUCAUGCUGGUGGGCAACAAGAGCGACCUGCGGCACCUUCGCGCUGUGCCCACUGACGAGGCCCGGGCGUUCGCUGAGAAGAAUGGCCUGUCGUUUAUUGAGACCUCCGCGCUGGACUCCUCAAAUGUAGAACUGGCUUUUCAGACCAGUCUGACAGAGAUCUACAGGAUUGUGUCUCAGAGGCAGAUGUCCGGCCGGCCUGACUCGGACUUCGCUCCCAGCAGUAACGUGGUUCCCAUCACCGUGCAGCCCACGAACCAGGCGCCGAAGCAGGGAGCCUGCUGCCAGAACAUGUGACCUCCCCCCCUCCACCCCAACCCAACCCCCCCAGGGCACGGUGAGGCUGGGAGACGACGCCACCAGGAGGCGCUCAUGGAGCGGUGCCUUGCAGUCCUGCCAAUCAGAACGAGGGGGGUCAUUGUAACACCCGGACCCCCGACACUGAGAGCAGCACCUGCACGGCUUGCAAUCUUUAUUUUAUUGGGUUUUCAUUUUGAACGCUGUGUGAGCUGGGGGUUGUUGGCAAGGCAAAGAUCUGUUUCCAGCGGAGCAGUUUCUGCUUGUGUGCAUACUGUACCUUCAACGUAUUUUGGGGGGGGGGGUGUGUGGAUUUUAUAAGAGUUUAAGACACAGACUUCUCCAUUCAACAGCCUCAUCUGAAAGUGGUGCUUUUAAUUUUUUCCAUUUAAAGGGGUCCACCAAACAUUUUUUUUUCCCUGUUAUUAAAUAUUCACGCAAGUUCCUGGCUAACUUGUCCUGGCUGGUUUCACAGACCCAGAUUGGCACUUAUCUGGGACUUCAGUACCAUAAUCCAGUUGCUAAACUGGGACACGUGAAACUAGCCAUUUUGAAGUGACCAACCAAACAAUUCGUCAAUGUUACCCAAUAUGUCUUGCCAUGCCUUUGUAGAUCUGCCAUGUCCUGUUUGAAAGAUGCAUGCAUUCUGCUCGUGUUCAACAGUCUGGUUUUUUUUUUUUUUUUUCAUACUGCUUAAAUUUUGUGUUACAAAGAAGUGGAGUAUCAACUCUGCAACCAUUAAAAGUGUGCUUCUCUUUCAUAGAGGAAGGUGUGGGAUCUAAGAAGGGAUGCCGAACUGCGUCCGGUUCGCUUGGCAUUGCUUUGUCCGCCCCGUGUACCCGGUGGAGCUCCUUGUGUUUCUCUCCGGGGGCUGCAUCCGGCUUUCCUGCAUCGCUGGAGGUUCUUGUGUUGAGGCAGGGUUUUAAUUCAAACUAGAAAGUCUGUGUUUUGAUUAAAUUAGCCAGUAUGUUUGUCCACGUGGUUUCCUGGUAAAUUGUACUUUUAUAAUUCCUGACUGGUUUGAAUUGAGUAAGUGGUUU